AUGGAACCGUCAUUAUCACAAGGAGCCGGUUUUGGUUUAAUUAUUGGCGGUGGUGUAUUCUUUGCCGUUGUGAUGAACUAUGUUACUCAUUUACAGAACAAAUUUAGUCAUUACAAUUCCCAUAAGGUUGACGAAUUUGUAUCCGGGAGUAGACGAGUUGGCUUUGGUCUUUUGUUGGCUGGUAUUUUGCUGAGUUGGACAUGGAGUUUAACUUUAUUAGAAUCAGCUGUCAAAAGCUACAGCAUGGGCUUCUGUGGGUCGUACUAUUACGCAAUUGGAGGACUUCUCCAAGUUUCAAUUUUUUCAGUUAUUUCCAGUAAGAUUAAAAAAAAUGCAAAUUUGGUCACUACAUUCCCUGAGAUGGGAUACUUUAGAUUUGGUGUACCUGGUCAUUUAGCUUUUCUUUGGUGUGGGUUUGUGUGUAAUGCAAUUGUUAGCUCAUGCAUUCUUCUCGGAGGAUCUGCUGUACUCCAUGCUGUAACCGGAGUUAGUCAAUAUGCUUCACUUUUCUUAAUUCCCUUCGGAGUCGCCAUAUAUGUCUCGUUCGGUGGAUUAAGAGCCACAUUCAUAUCAGAUGCAUCACAUACAUGUAUUAUAUUGAUUUUUAUUAUUGUCUUUAUGUUCGAAGUGUAUGUCUCGAGUGACAAAAUUGGAUCAGCACGAAAAAUGUGGGAGUUGUUAGAAUCUUUGCCUCCAGUUGAAAACAAUUACCAUGGCUCUUAUCUCACUUUCAGGUCUGAGCAGGGUGCCAUAUUCGCUGUGAUUAGUGUCAUUACCGGUAUUGGGCUAGUUGUGGCCGACCAGGCUUAUCUCCAGAGAGCAGUUGCAGCUGACCCCCGAAUUACGUCCAGAGCAUACUUCUUUGCUGCUUUGUGCUGGUUUGUUAUUCCCUUUGCAAUGGGUGCUUCUUUGGGUCUUGGUGCUAGAGCUCUUUCAGUCUAUCCGGAUUUUCCAAAAUUGACUGAGUUUGAAGUGGGUGAAGGACUCCCUGCAGCGGCGGCUGCCACAUAUUUGAUGGGUAAAACAGGACUGGCCAUGAUAAUCGUCAUGAUAUUCUUUUCUGUCACUUCAUCGUACGCGGGAGAAUUAAUUGCUACUUCCACUUUGGUUUCGUAUGACAUUUAUAAACGAUACAUCAAUACCACUGCAACACCUUCACAAGUGGUAAAAGUAGCCAAGUACUCUGUAUUUGGUUGGGCAAUAUUUUCAUCUUGUCUUGCUUCCAUUUUUUAUGGUGCUGCAAAAAUAUCUAUGGGUUGGUUGUUCAAUUUUCUUGGGUGUGCUACAGCUUCUGGUGUCUUUCCAAUAGCCUUGGCCUUUACAUGGAAAGACUUGAACCAAGCAGGUGCCGUCGGUGGCUCUGUAGGUGGCAUGAUUUUAGCAUUUAUUGUUUGGUUGAUCACCUGUAAAACAUACACUGGAAGCAUCACUGUUGACAACUUAUCCAACCAAUGGGUAUCAUUUGCUGGUAACGUCACCGCUUUGGUUAUGGGAGGGGUGAUAUCUGUCGUCUUGUCUUUGAUUUGGCCAGCAAACUUUGACUUUGAUAAUACAAGAAACAAGACCAGCUUGGCUGAACAAAACACUGAAGUAAAGAAAGAAAGUUCAGGAAUCACCAAGCUUGACAAAACCAAGGAUCAGAAUGUGGAAAUUGAAACAGAAAUUGCAAAUUCCGAUUUGGACAUGGACCUAAACGCUGAAAUCGAUCACAAGCAUUUGGAUCAACAAUUUAAAAAAUAUACAAUUUUGGUUAUUGUUCUAGCCAUAAUAUUUGUGUUUAUCAUUCCUGUGCCUUUAGGAGGAUCUCCGUAUGUUUUUUCACCGAACUUUUUACUUGGUUGUGUGGUUAUUAUCAUUAUUUGGCUAUUCUUUUCCCUAUUUUACGUGGUGGUUUUACCAUUAUUCGAAGCUAGACAAACUCUUUGGCGAAUCACCAAACAAAUAUUGAGGAUCGAUUCAACCACAAAAGAAAAUAUAUAG